ACCGCUAGCAAGACCUAGAGUAAUAAACCAACCUACCUUCUCAACAUGCCGAAGAAUAAGGGAAAGGGAGGAAAGAACAGACGUAGGGGAAAGAACGAGAACGACAACGAGAAGCGAGAACUCACCUUCAAGGAGGAGGGCCAGGAGUAUGCCCAGGUCUUGAAGAUGUUGGGUAACGGACGUCUGGAAGCACAGUGUUUCGAUGGUACCCGCCGACUCGGUCACAUUCGAGGUAAACUGCGCAAGAAGGUCUGGAUCAACCAGGGCGACAUCAUACUUCUCUCGCUGCGAGACUACCAAGACGAAAAGGGUGACGUCAUUCUCAAAUAUUCCGCCGAUGAGGCUCGUUCUCUCAAAGCCUACGGUGAACUCCCCGAAAAUGCCAAGAUCAACGAGACCGACACCUACGGCGACCAGGGCGACGAAGGCAUCGGCUUCGAGUUCGACGAGGAUCGCGACAGCAGCUCCGAGGACGAGGCAGGCAAGGACGGAAAGGAUAUCGACAUUGACGAUAUUUAAAAAGGGACCCGAGACGGUCCGCCAUGCUGUCCCUGGCUCUUCCGCGAAUGAGGAUAUGCCGCGCU